CCCUAGUCUGCUCCAGUGUUGAGACUGUGUCAGUAAGAAAUAAAACCGUCUCUCUCUUUUGCAGAUCGCCCCGACAGAUUGUAGUAAGAUCACAGGAAGUUCCUAACCCUCCGACCAAAGACACACCUCUUUGGCUCCAUAAUGAACAGGACUGUGGCUUCUAACACAUCGUCUCCACCCCAGAGCAACUGGAGUUUCCCCUUCCACACUAUCCAGCCAUGUAGAAACAGCACAGAUAUUACUCUGUUUCUAGUCGCUUCUUACAGCUUGGAGACCCUGGUAGGCCUUUUAGGAAACUUGUGCUUCAUCGGCAUCCUGGCCAGACAUAAAGAGAAAGCCGCCGUCACCAACAUAUUUAUCGCCAAUCUGAUAGCCUCAAGCUUGACGAUGUGCAUAUUCUGCUUGCCGUUCACUGUCACCACGGUCUUGUUGAAGCACUGGAUAUUUGGCGAAGCCAUGUGCAGGGUGACCUUGUUCAUCCAGUGCACGUCUUUGACCGUCUCCAUCCUGUCACUUGUGCUCAUUGCUUUAGAAAGGCACCAGCUCAUCAUAAACCCCACCGGCUGGAGGCCCAGCCUCUCCCAAGCCUACCUGGGCAUUGCCAUCACUUGGAUCUCUGCUUCUUUCUUGUCCUUGCCUUUCGUCACUUACAGCAUCUUGGACGAUGUCGUCCCAAAGCAGCUCCGCAGAACAGAUUCUUUGGCGAGCAAGGUCGUUUGCUUCCCCUCCUGGCCGUCGAAGGAUUACAGGCUCACCUACACCACUGUCUUGCUGCUCGUGCAGUACUGCAUCCCUCUUCUCCUCAUCGCGUUGUGCUACCUGAACAUCUACCUGCGCCUCCAGAAGAGGGAGGACAUGUUUCGGAAGAAGCAUGAGUGCAGUUGCCGGGCGAGCCACCUGAAGCAGAUCAAUAUCCUGCUGGCGUUAAUGGUCGCCGCCUUCGCAGUCUGCUGGCUGCCGCUUCAUGUUUUCAACACCAUUGAUGACUGGGACUACAAAAUCAUCCCCCACUGUAUCCAUGACCUGAUCUUCUCCCUGUGCCAUCUGGUCGCCAUGGCAUCAGCCUGCAUCAACCCCGUCAUCUACGGCUUUCUCAACAAGAACUUCAAAAAAGAAGUGAAGGCCCUGAUUCUGGGUUGCCAUCACCGCUCCUCAUCGCAGGAAUAUGAGAUGAUACCUGUAUCGACCAGGCAGAUGGAACUCUCCAAGGAUUCGCUGAGGAUAAGCGGUCAGCAGAAUCCUAUCUAACUCCUAGGCUGAACCUUCAGAGUCCUGAGGCUUGGACCUCACCUAUAUCUGCUAGCUCCUCCAUCAUCAUCACCACCACCACCAAGUUGCAGUAUCUGUCAUUCUCCAAUUUGCAGAGGACAACUGCCUGAAGGAGACUUGUAGGAUAAGGCAUCGGACUUCCCAUAUCCCAACCCAUAUAAAUAAGAGACCGAUCAGACUGGGUUUGGGGUAAAAACAGGCCACAACCUUAUUGAAUACAGAUGAAAGAGCUUUGGCUUGGGGCAAUCUAAAUAUUUCCGGCCUGCCUGCUGGAAGUGACGCGUG